AAAGUCAAGUAAAAAAUAACGGGGUUAAUCUCUCUCACCUUGACAUCCAAAAGAGAGAAUUAAUAACUUUACGAGGUAUCACCACCUCCCAAGUCCGAACUAGGGAAAAAUUAUCGGAUACCCCUGCUUACUGUUUUCUAAAAGCAGACAGCCAAGAGCAAGAUGUCCCAAAGUCCAAGGUCAUUAUUCCAAAAGUGAUAAAUCUAGACUUUCCUUUACAGCCUAUUCCUAUCAACUCCUCAACCAAGAAAUUAGACCAAGUUCGAAAUAAGAAAUCAGAACAUUUUGAAACUCAUUUAAGUCGAAAAGAUUUAACCAAUUGCUCUACUAACUGCUUAAAAGCUUGGGAAGGAAUUAUUCAUAAAUACUGCCAAGAAAAGGAAGUGAUUGAACGGAAAUUAGAAAAUAAAGUUAAAAUAAUUAUUCGGGAUGAAAACUCCUUUGCUUAUACCAUCAUUAAUGAAGAGGGCAUAACUACUGAACAAGUCUUUGGUUCUGGCUCGACUAAAUUUGGUUAUCAUGCUACGGUAGUGGGUGGAGUUAUCCCCUUUGUAAAUGCUGUGGCUUUGGCUCUUGAAUAUCUAGAAUUAGAGGAAAAAGUUCAAGAGCAAGGGAAAAAUAUUGAAGAAUUAACCACUAAAAAAGAUAAUUUAACCGAAGAAUUAAUCCAAACUCAAACCGAAAUAGAAACUGUUAAGCAAUAUUUAGAAUGGAAGCAGAAAAUUAAAGAUUUAAAAAAAGAAUUAGCCCAAAAAGAGCAAGAUUACCAAGAAUUAACUCACGAACAAACCAUUACUGACCAAACUUUAACUGCUAUUCAACAAACUUCCCAACAAGGACAAGAGAUAGUGGAAGAAAUGGUCGGAUUAGCAACUGAUUUAUUAGAAAUUAAUAAGUCAGGAAUGGGCAAUAGUAAAGUUAAACAAUUAACUGCUAACUUACGGAAAUUAAAAAAGCAAAUGAAAUGA